AAACACACACCUAAAAACAUACACGAAAAAGAAAAACAGUUUUUUUUUUUUCAAGUUCAGAGAUGGAGAAACAGAGCAACUCCAAGAAACCUUCUUGGGUUAGGGGGAAGUGCUUAGGCAAAGGUGCCUUUGGUACUGUGAGCUUGGCGAUCCACCAAUCAGACGGUGCUGUUUUCGCUGUUAAGUCUGUGGAUUUAGCAACGGGUGUUCCCAGCCAAUUGGAUUCUUUGGAGAAUGAAAUUAGAAUCCUCCGUUCCCUUUCCUCUCCUUACGUUGUUGAGUAUCUCGGCGAUGAUGUGACGAAGAAUGAAACCUCGGCGGCGGGUUCCCGGAAUCUUCACGUGGAGUACAUGCAAGGUGGCACCGUCUCUGACGUGGCGAUCGUCAAACAACGGUUGGCUGACUUGGACGAGAGGAUUUUGCGGUGGCACACGCGGUGCUUGUUAUCGGCUCUGAAGUACAUGCACGGCCAAGGCAUUGUACACUGCGAUGUGAAAGGGAAAAAUGUUUUGGUUGGACAGGAUUUCAGCUCCGUAAAGCUCGCGGAUUUCGGCUCGGCUAUUGAAAUUGUAAAGGAAAGCAGGGGUGACAGGUGUGGGACCGUGAUCACGCCACGUGGAAGUCCUCUCUGGAUGGCUCCGGAGGUUAUUCGCGGUGAGUAUCAAGGACCGGAGAGUGAUGUUUGGUCCCUAGGCUGCACCGUCAUCGAGAUGGUAACCGGAAAGCCAGCUUGGGAGGAUCAGGGUCUCAAGUCAUUGACUCGAAUCGCCAACUCGGACGAAUUGCCUCGGUUACCGGCUGAGUUAUCUGAACUCGGUAAGGAUUUCGUUGAGAAGUGUUUGAUAAGGGAUCGAACACAAAGAUGGAGCUGCGAUCAGCUGCUACAACAUCCCUUUGUAGCAUCGGCUUCAGCACCGAGUGAAAUCGGAGAAUCAUCUCCACGUUGCGUGCUCGAUUUCAGCAGCUCGGAUUUCGAAGAGGAUGAAAAUACGGGGAAUUUCGAAACUUGGGCGAGGGAGAGGAUAAGUAAAUUAGCUACAGAAGAAGGGGUAGUUUGGGAAUCGGAUGGAUGGGUGACGGUAAGAAGUUACGCGCGUGAAUCAGGUGUGAAUUGUGAGGAAGGCACAAGUACGGAAUAUCCAGAGUUGAUGAGAAUAAUGAAGGAAAUGAUUGAAGGGACAAAUUUGGAAACUGCCGAUUGCUCUGAUGGCACUCAUUCAGUGGAGUGGCAGUGUAGUAAUUACAAGCAAUCGAAAAGGUCAAAGUGGUCGAGUGGUGAGUUACGGUGCGGUGGGUGGAGAUGCGAGUGCUCGACUGGUUCGAGCUGUCUGUAUGGGUCACAAAAGAUGGAGUUAGCGGUGGGGAAAGGACAGUUGAGAAUCUACAUGUUUUGUAAUUUAUUAUUACAACUAUUUUUCUGUAAUUUAAGAAUAUUCAAAUAUAUUUUAUUGGUGUUUUUCAAUUACUCUUUUUUAUUUACUAUAUUCUUUACCUUUUCUUCUCAGCCUCAAAAUUUCCACAGUCAUCACAAGAAUAUACUCGGUUAUUAAUGAAAC